AUGAAAAUGAAUUCAAAUAUUUUAUUGCUGUUAUGGACGAUAUUAUAUUCAGUGAAUUUGAGAUUUGUGAAUAGUCAACAAGGGCGGUUAGGAAUUGCCUAUCAGUGGAAAUAUAUAGAUUGGGUUUGGCCGAACGUGGUGUUGACCGAAAAAAAACAUAUCAUUGAGAAUCCAUUUACGCAGGACGUAGAUGUUGAUGUGAGUGGACGUGUGUUUGUUACAGCUCCCCAUUGGUUGGAAGGUACGCCGAUAACGCUGUCUGUUAUCACGGAUCUGAAGGGUCCUGGCGGUCCCCUUUUGACCCCCUAUCCUCAUUGGUCUUGGCAUACACUCAAAGAUUGUGAUAAACUUAUUUCGGUUUAUCGGAUUGCGAUCGAUGAAUGCAACAGAUUAUGGAUGGUAGACGUGGGGCGUAUUGCUGACCAGUCGAUUUGUCCAAUGAAGAUAAUGAUAUUCGACUUGUUCACGGACCGAUUAAUCCACAAGUAUGUGAUUCCAAGCAGUCAGACAUUUGGAACGGCUUCAUUGGUGACGCCGAUAGUCGAUAUCCGUUCUUCGUGCGAUGACGUCCAUCUCUACAUUGCCGACGUUGCUGAAAAUGGCAUCGUUGUUUAUAACCUCCAACAAGACAGGUCAUGGAGAAUAAAUAACACUUAUAACAACGCGUUUGGUCCUGAUUCUGAUGGUAUGAACAUAACUAUUGCUGGCGAAUGGUUUGAUUUAACUGAUGGUAUUUUGGGGAUGUCUUUAUCACCGCCUGGAUUGUUCCAACAAAGAUACCUAUACUUCAACUCACUGGCAAGUUACAAACAAAAAUUCAUGAGUACAGAUAGUCUGAAGCAACCCGAAUACUUUCAGCCAAUAAUGUACGAAGCAAUAAUCAAAAGACCAAGUCAAGCUGGGGUCCAGGCUACGUCAAAGGAUGGCGUAUUGUUCUUUCAGCUUGCCGAGUACACAGCAAUCGCGUGCUGGAAUAUGCAACGACCUUUUACUCCAGAUAACAUUGAAGUUAUUUCACUUGAUGAAGAAGCACUGCAGUACGUCAGUGGGAUUAAGGUUAUAACGAACUCUGAAGGCGUAGAAGAACUUUGGUUGAAUACAAACAGACUCCAGAAAACAGUCAACAACACGAGAAAACCCACGGAAGUUAAUUUCCGAAUUAUUGUUGGUAUCGUUAAGGAUAUCAUCCGAGGAACUAAAUGUGAACCUUCUGGACUACGCACUUCAUAUCCAGAUGUCUCAACAUGGCGGAGAAUAUACUAG